AUGAUUGGUGAUUCUGUAAUUGCUGAAGAUGUUGACAAGUCUGUUACAAAAAGAGAACAGAACAGUGCAGUUAUGGUUACUUUACAUCCACUGGUAAUAAUGAAUAUAUCAGAACAUGCAACUCGAGUGAAAGCUCAGAACAAUGAUAGUAAAUGUUGUGAAGUUUAUGGUGCAAUUUUGGGAAAGCAAUCUGGUAGACAUGUUGAAAUGAAGAAUAGUUUUGAAGUCAAAUGGAGUGAUGAGGGAAAGGGAUAUGCUGUUAUAGAUACAGUUUUUCUCUCAUUGAGAGAACGUCAAUAUCAAGAAAUAUUUAAAGAAUUAGAUUUUGUUGGGUGGUACACAGUAGGAGGUGCAGCUCCAACGCAAGCAGAUUGGGAAGUGCAUAAUCAGUUUGCUGCAGUUCAUGAAUCCCCGAUUUUGGUGAAACUAGAUCCAAACGUUCAAACUAGGAAUAAGUUGCCAAUAGAAAUUUAUGAAUCAGUGCAUGCUCCUGAAGUUUCCACUAAUGAUGCAGGAUCAGCAUCAUGGAAUCCAGUUAGUUGGUUGCUAGCAAGCGAACGAGCUGAGCGUAUUGGAAUCGAGCAUGUUGCUCAGAUGUCAACUUUAUCUACAAAUAAUGUGUCUUCAAUAAAUACACUAAUAAUGAACCAUGUAGGCGCUAUAAAUAUGUUACAGUCACGACUGGAACUUAUCUAUGAUUAUCUUAUGGCAAUCCGCAGUGGAGAAUUAGCUCGUGAUGAAGAAAUAAUACAAAAAAUUGUCCAGUUACUUCGUCGAAUACCGAUGAUGAAUUCAGACAAGUUCUGGGAACAGUAUACAAAACAAAGUCUUGAAGUUAGGAUGACCUCGCUCGUUACUGCUCUGACGAAAACCUGUGGUACGCUCAGUGAUUUAAUAACAAAAAUGAAUGUAAUGUCUAUGGAAAAACAAAAUUGGUGGAUUCCGUCUGGUCGACGAGGUCGCACUUUUCUAGGAGUAUAA